GUUCAGAUAAGAUAGAUUCUGCGGACGAGUCCGAUCUAAUGACGUGGAGUUUCGGCGAGACACGAGAGACGAAGCACGAGGCAUUCACAGUCUGCCGGGAGGUUAGAUGGAUGGAUGGAUCGGGGGCUCAAUCAUGCAAGUGAUAGGAAAACAUGAAUCUGCAAGUGUAACAUGAAUUUUUUGCGCUUUUUGGGAGAUGCGCAUGGAUGGAUGACGACCUUGUGGAGUAUUCGAAGAAGGCAGCACUGUCGAGCCUUCGCGAUUUUGACCGAUGCGCUUCUAAGAUAUCGAGACUGGAACGAAGUGCUCCCCAUGGCCUUCUUUUUGGGUCGAGGAAGGAACCUGAUUGGGAUGGCUGAUAGCCUCCGAUGCCAGCCAGCAUCGAGCUUCGCAUCUCUGCCAUGGUUUCGAGGCAGCACGAGCAUGACUGCAUUCACACUCUACAUUGGCAACAGAAGUCAAUCGAACUUCGUUGAAACUUCACCCUCAGCUUUUUGUUGUCAACGUCAACUACUCCCGCUUCAUGCAUCGCACACAAUCGAAUCCUCUAUAUAUCCACACAUACAUCAAUAA